AUGGAAUAAAUGGCUGAAAUUAAUUUUACCCAGGUGACUGAGUUCAUUCUCUUGGGCAUUACUGACAAACAAGAGCUGAAGAUGCCUCUCUUCAUGGUGUUCUUCUUAAUCUAUAUGUUCACAGUGGUGGGAAAUUUGGGUCUCAUUAUAGUCAUCAGAAUUAAUUCGCGACUAAAAACUCCCAUGUAUUUCUUCCUAAGUCACCUUGCUUUUGUUGAUUUCUGCUAUUCUUCCUCCAUUACUCCCAAAAUGCUGGGGAAUUUUUUGUAUGAAGUAAAUACAAUCUCUUUCAGUGCCUGUGCUCUUCAGCUAGGAUGCUUUAUUGCUUUCAUGGAUGCAGAAUGCUUGUUGCUAGCUUCCAUGGCCUAUGAUCGCUAUGUGGCCAUUUGUAACCCUUUGCUUUAUAUGGUUCUUAUGUCUCCUAAAAUCUGUAUUCAACUGGUAGCCAUUCCCUAUAUCUACAGCUUUCUAGUUGCUCUAUACCAUGUUAUCCUGACAUUCCGCCUCUCCUACUGUGGUUCUAACAUUAUCAACCAUUUCUAUUGUGAUGACAUGCCUCUCUUGAGAAUAUCCUGCUCUGACACACACUCUAAACAAAUAUGGAUUUUUAUCUGUGCAGGGGUUAUGCUUAUUGCUUCCUUCUUGGUUGUCUUUGUCUCCUACAUGUAUAUUAUUUCUGCAAUUUUAAAAAUGCAAUCAGCUGAAGGUAGGCGCAAAGCCUUCUCCACCUGUGGCUCACAUAUGGUGGCUGUCACCAUUUUCUAUGGGACCCUGAUAUUUAUGUACUUGCAGCCCAGCUCAAACCAUUCCCUUGAUACAGAUAAGAUGGCAUCAGUAUUUUAUACAGUGAUCAUUCCCAUGUUAAAUCCCUUGAUCUACAGUUUGAGAAACAAGGAAGUAAAGGAUGCUCUGAAGAAGACCUUGAGCAGUAGCAAUCAUGGCUUUAAGUAA